CGUAGGCUCUCCAUCAUCACCCACCCAUCGAAAUUUCAAAGUCUUCUAUACUUGAUGUUUUAACACACUCUUUUCUUCUACAACUACCCGCCAUUUCUACGUCGCUUCUUCUUCAGCCACUGCCUUCUCUUUCUUAUUAAUAGUAAUGAAAAGUCCUCAACCACUUUACGGCCGACGGAACCCCAGAACCGGCGUAGAGUCAACGCCAGACCGCUUCUCUUUUUCGCCCAGUUCAUCCUACUCUGUGGCAUCAACUGUCCGCCGGACUUCCAAGAACCCCGUCAUCGCCGUCGCCAGAUCGGUGGCGGAAGUCUUUGUUGGUUGCUUCACCCCUCCUGAAACCACUAGCUCCAAGAGUUUUGUUGACUCACGCGAAUUUAAAACUACUUCUACGGGGUUUUCGGAUUCUUCAAGAACUGGUAGUUCAAGGAGCCGAGGUUCAAGUCGGGGUGUUUAUUCGAAUCCAUACAAUUCAACUCAAAACAGAGAGCCUGGAAAUGUAAAGUUUACCAUGGAGGAAAUCUACAAGGCUACUAGAAACUUCUCCCCUUCGUUCAAAAUUGGACAAGGUGGAUUUGGAACUGUUUAUAAGGGCAGAUUGGAUGAUGGAAAUGUUGUUGCAAUUAAGCGAGCUAAGAAGAGUCUGUAUGAUAAGCAUUUGGGUGUGGAAUUUCAAAGUGAGAUUCGAACACUAGCACAGGUGGAGCAUUUAAAUUUAGUCAGGUUUUAUGGAUACUUAGAGUACCAAGAUGAAAGAAUUGUUGUUGUGGAGUAUGUUCCAAAUGGAACUCUCAGGGAACACUUGGAUUGCGUUCAUGGCAACAUUCUUGACCUUGCUGCAAGAUUAGAUAUUGCAAUUGAUGUAGCACAUGCUAUUACCUAUCUUCAUAUGUAUACAGAUCACCCAAUCAUUCAUAGAGACAUAAAGUCUUCCAACAUUUUGUUAACUGAAAACUUUCGAGCCAAGGUAACAGACUUUGGUUUUGCUAGAUUGGCAGCUGACACUGAAUCAGGCGCCACCCAUGUGUCAACCCAAGUUAAAGGAACCGCCGGUUACUUGGACCCAGAAUACCUCAGAACCUAUCAACUCACAGAGAAGAGUGAUGUUUAUUCAUUUGGUGUGUUACUGGUUGAAUUAGUCACAGGCAGGCGCCCAAUUGAACCUAAACGCGAACUCAAGGAGAGGAUUACUGCAAAAUGGGCGAUGAAGAAGUUCGCUGAUGGAGAUGCCAUUUCAACCAUGGACCCAAAGCUAGAACAAACUGAUGCAAACAACUUUGCCCUUGAAAAAGUUCUUGAACUAGCAUUGCAAUGCCUGGCUCCACGCAAACAGAAUAGGCCAAGCAUGAGAAGGUGUGCAGAGAUCCUAUGGAGCAUACGUAAGGAUUACAGAGAGCUGUCAGCUUCAGACAUCCGUUUACAACCCUCUUAUUCCCAGAGGAGCGCUUCAACAAAAGAAAAAUAAUAGGAAAUGACAGACCUCUUAUUCUGUUGAAGUACAUUCAGGUUGCGUCAAGGCGUGCAAAUACUUGAAGAUUAAGAAAUGCAGGGCUUCAUCCAAAACCAAGCAAUUGAAAAUCAUGAAGGAAGCAAAUAAUAACUUCCUAAAACCAGAUGUGAAUGUAGUGUUUUGCUUGUUGCAGGCAUAUGGAGGGUAAUAUUCUUGAGGUUUGGCAUGUGCAUAGGAAACUUCUUUGCUUCUUAUCUGUGUGUACUUUCGCUUUUUUUCUUCAUUAUUGAUUCAUAUCGAUUUGCUCAGGAAGGUUGUAAUAACUUUUGGAGCAGAUUUCUAUUUUAUAUAAUGCAAUUAUUGAUUGUAUAUGAA